CCCCCUCUCUCUCUCUCUCUCUCUCUCUCUCCAAGUCCAUGGCUUCUUCAACUCCCCCUCACUACCCCUUCACCCCUUCCAAACCCCACCACCAAAACCCCCACCACCCCACCCCUCACACCCAUUUCCACAAACACCCCCCAAAACCCCACAAAUCCUCUUCCAUAUCCUCCUCCUCUUCUUCUUCCUCCACCUCCACCGCCCCUUCUCCUAACCCUAAUGUCGCCGCCGCCGUCGCCGCCGCCGCCGUUACCGCCUCCGCGGCUGCUUCCUCCUCCUCCCCGUGCCCAUCUCCUCAAAAUCCCAUCUUGGACCCCAAUUCGCCGAUCCCGGCGCUGUCGCCUUACUAUUCGCGGCGAUUCGGCCGGUCCCCGGCAGGGCUGAGCCCCGAUUUCCGGCGCAGCCGCACGACGAGGGUGGUCUCGAAGAGGAACCUCGCGUCGCCGAAGGCGGCGCGCGACCACCACUCCCGCGCCGCCGCCGCCUCCCCCGCCGCCGCGAGCUGCUUGGCCCAGAUACUACAAUUGGGCCCCGAUGCCCGCGCCGUGCCCGCCGCGCUUGCCGCCUUCCGCGGCGCCCUCGCCGCGCCUGACGACUACUGCUUCGUCCUCCACGAGCUCGGCGACCGCGACAAGCACCCGCCGAAGGCCCUCGCGGUGUUCCACUCCUCGAUGCCGCUGAUGCGGGGGCCGGUGGAGCAGGGGAAGCUGCUCACUGCCGCCAUCGGCGGGCUCGGCAAGAUGGGCCGGCCUGACCUCGCACGCCAGGUGUUCGAUGCCGGCUUUGCGGCCGGGUACGGCAACACCGUCUUCGCCCACUCCGCUCUCAUCUCUGCUUACGCCCGGAGUGGGCUAGCAGCCGAGGCCAUGGCCGUGCUCAACUCGAUGAAGUCCCACGGGCUGAAGCCCACCACCAUAUCUUACAAUGCAGUGAUCGACGCCUGCGGUAAGGGCGGCGUCGAUCUCCAGCUCACUCUCGGGUUCUUUCGCGAGAUGAUCCAGCACGGGCUCUGCCCCGAUAGGAAGACCUUCAACUCCCUUCUCGCCGCGUGCAGCCGCGCAGGGCAUCUAGAGGACGCCCGCCGCGUGUUCGAUGAAAUGAUCCAUUUGGGCAUCGGCCGUGAUAUUUAUACUUACAACACGUUCAUUGAUGCCAUCUGUAAAUGCGGUAAUAUGGAGCUUGCUGUUAGGGUUUUGUCCGACAUGGAGUCGAAGAAUGUGAGGCCGAACGUUGUUACCUAUAGUACACUGAUUGAUGGGUACUCCAAGUUGGAGCAAUUUGACGAGGCUUUGAACUUGUAUGCAAAGGUGAAAUCUUUGGGGAUUCGGUUGGAUCGAGUAUGCUACAAUACCCUGCUAUCGAUCUAUGUGAAGACCGGGAAGUAUGAAGAGAUUGCUCGGAUUUGUGAGGAGAUGGAUGUGAUGGGAGUUGAUAAGGACACAGUCACUUACAAUUCCUUAAUUAAUGGGUAUGGAAAACAGGGAAAAUUUGAUGUGGUGGCUUUCUUAAUACAAGAUAUGAGGCAAAGGGGGGUCGCCCCUAGCGUGCUAACGUACUCAACUUUGAUCGAUAUUUACUCUAAGGCGGGCAUGUAUGGGGAUGCAGCUAAUGUGUUCGUAGAGUUUAAGGAAUCGGGUUUAAGGCCUGACGUGGUUUUGUAUAGCUCGUUUAUUGAUACACUGGCUAAGAAUGGGUUGGUCGAGUGUGCUGUGUCGCUUCUUGAUGAGAUGACGAGAAUGGGGAUCGAGCCUAAUGUGGUCACUUAUAAUACUAUUAUAGAUGCAUUUGGGAAGUCUAGGGCUUUUGUCGAGGAGGAGGAGGGUGGGAGCGAUGUGGGGAUAGGUGCGGUCUAUGGUGGGCAUGGUGUUAGGGUUUUAGGGCAGCUGACGAGGGGAAUAGGGCGUCCUGUUACGGAGGAGGCAAGGAGGAGGUCGGAGGAGCUGUUUUGUAUUCUUGAAUUGUUCCAGAAAAUGAUUCAGCAGGGUGUGAGGCCUAACGUUGUGACGUUCUCUGCCAUUUUGAAUGCUUGCAGCCGCUGUAAUUCAUUUGAAGAUGCAUCAUUACUACUGGAGCAGCUUCGCUUGUUUGAUAACUUUGUUUAUGGGGUUGCGCAUGGGCUCCUGAUGGGCUACCGAGAGGUUUGGGCCCAAGCCCAGUCUCUUUUUGAUGAGCUGAGGCGAAUGGAUCCUCCAACAUCAUCUGCCUUCUACAACGCUCUUACUGAUAUGCUAUGGCAUUUUGGGCAGAGGCUAGGAGCUCAGCAGGUUGUGUUCGAAGGGGUAAAUCGCCACGUUUGGGAGAACACGUGGAGCGAAUUCACUUUGGAUUUGCACCUCAUGUCAUCUGGAGCUGCUCAAGCCAUGGUUCAUGCAUGGCUUCUUGCCAUACGCUCUCUUGUCUUCAAUGGCCGUCCGCUGCCCGAGUUUGUUAGCAUUUUGACGGGGUGGGGGAAGCAUAGCAAGAUCGCCGGCGCGAGCACCCUCCGUCGUGUGAUCGAGUCUCUACUAAACUCAAUCGGCGCGCCAUUUCAAUUGGAAAAGUUCAACUUAGGCAGGUUCGUGUCGCCCGGCGGGGUAGUCGCUGCGUGGCUGAGGGAGUCUAACACGAUCAACGUCCUUCUACUCCACGACGAGCGAGUUCGGCCUCCGCCGAGCACAUCAAACCUAGUUCCGAGGCUACAGGCCUUACAAUUGUAGAUGUAUAGUGGGGUGAAUAGGCAAUAGUUGUUUACUUGCUUUGUGAGAUUGUUGUGUAUUAUGUGAGUAAGGAAAUUGCUUAUUGGCCAUUUACUAGCUAAGAUGUGUUUAAAGUUGUUUAUGCAUUUGGGAAUUAGCUUUCAUUUGGUUUAGUUUGUUAAUUGUACAAUAAGAAGGACAAACCGAAAAAAGGUUAUUUUUUUUUCUCUACA